AUGAACAUGGUAAAGACAGGCUCACAUCUGCCUGGAAGUGGCAGUAGCCAACAGCCCAAGUUUCUGAAUCUCAUUCACCAUGCAGCUUUGGAGCCAAUCAAGAAAUACUCGGAGCCACAAACAGAGAGCCAGGAAAUUGGCUGGACCACUACACCCUUGGUGUGUCAGUGGCCAGUGAGAAGAGGCCAAGCCAGAGCUGUGGGCCCAACUUUCAAAAGCAGGGAGCAUCUACUAGACUGUGUGUGCUUGGAUUUCAUCUCAUUUCUGCAGAUCAGCGUGGACCGCACUGACCGCAGGCUCUACUUCCCACGCCAGAAGAGCGAGAUCACCAAGUAUAUGGAAGCCACGUGGCGCCUGAAGGAGCAGAGUGAAAAUAUGCAGUAGGGCGAUAGUACAAGCACUGCUUUGCUAGGCAGGCAGGUGGGUGCUGACUGGAGUUUCCACACAAUGUUCUGCCUCCUUGUGCCAUGUGUAGUCCUACUGAUUUCUGGGAAGGAGGACAAGGGAGGAAUCCUUGUCUGGCCAGACCUGUAAGUUGAUUAUGGUUACAAAAUAAAUCUGUUUAGAAGUGUAACAUUUGUCACUUAAUGUUCCCACCCAAGAGUGGCUAUACUAAGAACCUGAAAGGGACUGCCCUUUUUGUCAC